UGGCCACUAAAGAUCCCCGCUCGGCAUUCAUAUCCGAUCCCGACUCUUCCGUCUUGGUAAACCCCUUAGUCUCUCCUCCAUCUACAGUUCGUAAAUAUAUUCACCGUCUCCAGCACAUCACCGCACCCAUUCCACCCCCUUCAAACCCCACAAAAAUGCACUUCAUCGGUUCAUUGCUCCUUCUCCUAGCUGUCACUGCGGCUCUUGUCAACGCCAUCCCCCAACCUUCGUCCCCUCCAAGCUUCAAAGAACGAGCUUACAAGCGAGCACUGGAACGCGGGAUCGAUCCCCACGGCCCUCGCCCAAACGACUUCGAACACGAUAAUGGCCAGUCUGUUACUUUCAAGGAGAAUAGUGAUUUUGCGGUGUGGGCUGCUGCCCAGAGUGCGGUUGCUCCUGAACUGAAGAAGAGAGCGGGCACGAGGAUCGAUGUUGUGUAUGUCCUCGCCUCCGGAGUCAAAAGCUAUGGCUAAUGACGCAGAACGUGGACAAAACCAGGAUGCACUGGUAAUGGCGUGCAUUAUUAUAACGUGAACUAUGGGCAGGAGUAUUUUGAAAAUUUGGAGAUAAAUUCGAUGUCGCAGAAUAACCAUGCGGUGCCAAUACAUACGCAGACGAUAUUCUUGAAGUUUUGGAAUGUGGGAACGACGAGUUGUAGGGAUUAUGCGCCAAAUGCGAGGUAUUCAGUGAGUAAUCAGGAUGCAUGUGUGGAUACGGUCCCGUUUACAUGUUUUGAUAUUAUGGAUGGGAUUUGAGGGGGAAGAGGGGAUGGUGAAAUUGUUUGGGAG